AUGGCUGAAGAUGACCAAGUCAUUAUACCGGACAUCGGCUUCUCGGGCGAAGAAAGGGGGGAUGAUGUGUUCUUCUUUGACGCUGCUGGGGAAGACACGAUGUUUCGCAGCGGUAAGAAGCGAUUCAAAAAGGACGGAGUGAAGAUAGGAACGAUCAAGACUGCACGGGGCAAAAAGAUCACGAGCGCCAGUGGCCCACUCUCUCACCUGAGCACCGCCACCGAGAGCCCAAGCCCAUACAACUAUCGCGUCAUGGACGGACUCAAGCGCGCCAAAGCCACCAAGGCGGAGGUCGAGAACAACAUCUCCGUACUCAUGCCUCAGGACAAGAAGACCAGCACCCGCCCCAGCGUCGAAGAGGACCCCGAUAACAUCCUCAUCAAGACCCUCCGCCAAGAUCAAAAGCUCCUCUGGAGCGAAAUCGCCAGCCACCUCAACAAAGAGCGCCUCUCCAAAGGCGAACCGGCAACCUUCACCGACGCCGCAGUCUACAGCCGCUUCGUCCGCAACGCGCCCCGCAUUGCCACCUCCGUCGGCGAGAUCGGCUUCGACCCAAAGGACUACAUGCACCUGCGCAACCCAAACCAGUACUCCAACGCCGAAGGAACAGGUGUUCUUAGCAAGGCGGGCAAGAAGCGCAUCAAGGACUUCAACAACGCGACGGAGCUCAAGGACAACUUGCGCCAUGCCGUUCCCUCAGAGGUACACGAGAAUGAUCUGGAGACGCCGCAGAUGACGGAGCAGCUUAUGGAUGCGGUGGCGAAGUGUGAGCGCAACUUUUGGAAGUAUGUCGCGGAUGAGUUGGAGAGGGCGACUGCGAAGAUGUAUGAUGCAGAGAAGCUUUCUGAGCGCUAUCAUGCUAUUUGA